CCUCAUACAUUAUUUCACCUUCGCUAAUCAGUUCGAUCUCUUUGUGAUCGACACCGCUAAUAGAUCCAGGAUCACCGAAGGCUACGUCGUCAUUUCCUGCGGGAAACAUCGAACCCUAUUUGUUUGUUCUUAAGUAUACCCACUUAGCUGAACACAAUAUCUACUCAACAUGAACAUGUGGAGCUGAAAACAUCCGGGUUAGUAUCGUAGUAUAAAGUACCCCUCUAACCCCUCUUCCACCUCGAGCAUUUAUCUGACUAUCCCAAAUAAUAACUCAUUUCGGAGUCCUCCUCACUCGCCAAAAUGCUCAACGCAAUUGACGUUCCAUUUGACGCGUCCAAGUACGCAUUCCGAACAAAUUUUGAUGGUCUCACCAUUACCAACAACUCUUUUUCAGAUCGUCUUGAGAAUGCAAAGACAAAGUACCAGGAUGCCCUCAAACAGUUCGAAUCUGUGGAUAAAGAUGCACGGAAAGAAUACAAGGACAGCAAGGACGAAGGCUUCACCUCUGAUAACUUUGGAACUUGGGUGGUCCAGAACUAUCCCCAAUGGAGUAAUGAAAAGUCGAUUCUGGAGGCCAGAGGUACCGAAUUGACCCAAAUUGCGAUGGCUGCCUUUGGGCCGGCUUACCAGGAAAAACACCGAAAGGACCAGUCGGCUUUCAAUAAUGCAGCAUACCAGGCAGGCCAUCACCCCGAAAUCGUCUAAGGAAAUAGGAGUCAACCAUAUGCAGACAAGAGGCGAUUGAAUUGAGCUUGCUUGUGUAUAGUGUAUAGAGAAAUAGAAUUAUCUGUUUCUAUACGGAUUUUUUUAUUUUGUAUUAUCAGGUGGUCUUGAUGCCAGUCCUAUUUUCUAGGUCAUCGGUGCUUAGUGUGCCUUUCCUACGGUUUUGGCCGCGCCGUCGUAGAAUCCCUGGUAUAAUUUUUCCAAGUAUGUAUGUAUAUUACAAACGAGGGUGCCUCCAGGAGAAUUUGACUACCUAGGUUAUUGAUAACCUCUAAAUAAUUAUUGAUAAGACUACUACUCGUCUAGA